AGGGCCUGACCUUUCAUACUUUUGACAUAUCGAAUUCGAUUUCGUAAAUUCUUCACGAUUGCUGUAAUAUAGUUUUUAGUUUAGUUUAAAUUAGUGAAUAAACAAAAAUGUCUCUUUUUAGUGAUAUUUUACCGACGAUACCGAAGAACGAUGAGAAGCCGCAAGGGCAGGGUGCUGCCCUGUCCCCAUACCUAAACUUCGAUCCUCACUACAUACCGAAAAUGCAGCCAGAAUUCCUGUACCCUGACGACAGCCAUAUGGCCACUACAGCUAGAAGAUCAAACGUAGCUUUACCGAUAAUUGGAAUGUCUUUUAUGACCGGUUCAGGUUUGGGAAGCAUGGCUGGUCUGUAUAAAGGUCUACGAGCGACCACGCUAGCAGGACAGACUGGGAAAGUGAGACGAACACAAGUUGUGAACUACAUCAUGAAACACGGCACAACAACUGGCUGCACUCUGGGCAUUAUUGCAUCAUUCUACUCCUGCAUUGCCCUCGGAGUAACCUGGAUCCGAGACAAAGAAGACACCGCCAACACCUUCAUCGCAGCUGCCACCACUGGCAUGAUCUACAAAAGCACUGCAGGCCUCCGCUCAGUCGGCCUCGGAGCUGCCGUUGGCCUGACCCUAGCAGGCGUAUACACCUUAGUUACAGACAACGACAAUAUAUGGAGCAAAGCACAGUAUAACAGAUUGUGAUCGCACACCGCCUAUAGUUAUAUGUAAAUAAAUAGACUGUUAAUUUAAGUUGAUUUAAAAGCAAUCAGCCAAAUGAUUCAGUGCACAGUUCUUAGUCAAGCCAUGUCUGUGCUUGGAUCUAAGCAGGGUCUGGCUUUAUAGGUUAUGUAGGUUGAAGAUAGUGGAAUGAGAUGACAACUUUAUCUAAGGAAAAUCAGUAAGCACGCCUUGAAAGGUUAUACUUGUGGAAUUUUCAGUCUAGGGAAGUUAUAGAAAUCCUACAUAGUAGCUGUAAUCCCUAGGAUAGCCUACAGAGAAACUAAACCUAGUGUCAGACCCUGCGCAUGUGUAGUGUGUUCCUGUCAGCGAUCGUGAGCCCGUGUCAACGCAGUAGCACAGUUAUACAGCCUGUUAAAUUUUAAUAAAACACAUUAUUUGAAAAAUUAAAA